CUUUCGUUCUUUCUAGCUAACCGGCGCCGGUAUGGCGGCUGAGGGUGCGAAGCAGGCCCUCGUCGCGGCCUUCUUUUUCGGAAUUGUGUUGAACGCCGCGUCUGCCGCCCUCGUUCUCUACCUCAGAGGCUGCGGCCUCGCAUCGUUAAUUCGGGACAGCCAGAGGCUGGUCCUCGUUCUGUUUCUUCUCAGCGCAGCCCUAUGGGCUCAGCUCGACUUCAUCACCAUCCUUGUCGACGUCUCAAGGUCGCCAACUCCGUGCCAGGUCGGCAUCAUCUUCUCCACCGUAUUCGACCAGUUUGCGAGGUUCUCGAUCGAGCAAUUUCUCUUGUGGGGGUUGAAUACCAAUAAUGGCGCGAGAGUUUCGCCAACACAGCUGAUUCCCCAAAUCCUGGUCCUGGCCAGGUUUCUCGCGGGGGCUGUGUUUAUCGGCUUCACCAGGCCUCAGACUGAGACAUUCUGCGUUGCGACAACGUCUGCGCUCCCUAUCGGGAUCUUGGUCACAGCACUGGAUGGCGUCAUAAUUUUGCUCCUGAUCGUCAGAGCAUACUUUGCCGGGGUGGUUGCGAAAGGGAAUUGUGAAGGCCAAGGAAACACCGCGGACCGGGUCAAGGCGCUGAGUUCUGUCAUCUUGGGUCUCGUAUUCUGGACGGGGACGAGUGUACCACUCCUUCUCGGACUUGGGUCUUUGGCUUUGGCUACUAGGACAGCUCUUCCAGCCGGAGGCUUGCUAGCCGUCAUUGUUUCAGUGGCAGGCGGUGCUGCGACCCUAACCAGGCCCCGAACUACGGACUCCAGGCCGCCAGAGGCGCCGUCACCGAGGCGUAUCAACAUCACCCGUGAUAUCUCUACAUCCGACACAAACUAUCCUCCGAGUCGCUACGAAGAUCUGAAGGACGCAGCCAUCCGAUCUUCCACCACGUUUGUCAACCCUCGAGAGGUGCCGAGGGUCAAGGACGAAAGCAGUGUUGGUUUCCCGUUUGGGACCAAAAGUGAACUUCAAGAGGAGCCAGUGACGCCUCUCCCGGCAAUCACAGCGUCAGUGUCGAAUGUCGCUUGGAAGUUGGACAGGACCAUAACUUCGAAAAGAAGUCUGCUUGGCUUUCCAAAGGGAAAAUUAGCCAUCAGUCACCCGAUUUUACAGGAGAACGCUGGCCGGAAUCCGCUGGACAAAAUAGCAGUCAUGGACUUGCAGGCGGCCGCGAUCGCAGACAAGGAGAGAAGAGCCAGGUUGCAGGAAGAUGAAACCGCGCCGAUUGGCCGCCCGGCUGGGCCAUUGAUGGGAACGACUCAAGAGGAUGCUCUGAAACGCGGAGUCAGCCUCAAGAGGAAGGAGGUUGCCUCAGUAACAACUCGAGAGAGCGUUUUCCCUGGAGCACUUCGGCCGGAAUUAGUCGCGAGCACCACCUCGGCGCAGCUGUCUCCAGGCGGAGAGGAAACUCGGCGGAGGUCCCUGCGACAAUCAAUCCAGGAGGAACCAAUACAGGCACGACAGCCUUCACCGGUGCACGCUGUGGACUCCGUCGAGCCCCGGUCCGAAUCGCAGCAAGACCGCCCGCUGACCAUUCUGCAACCUCUGUUGAGACCUAACAUUCGUCCCUCAAGAAUGCUUCCUCCGUCACCGAAGUCACCGCCUCCGGAGCCGGCCAAAACUCCUCUUCAGAGGCGCCCAACUAUCGGUCUUCCGUCGAACCCAAAGGCACGGGGUCUCAGAGUCGCCGAAGAAGCUGGAUCACAGCACCGCACCGUCCUCUUUGUGAACAACAUUGAAUACAAAGACCCACUAGCAGUCGAGGCCAUCAUCCAGGGCGCUGGCAGCAUUGCGACGAAACUCGACCCUGCUGGCCCCACUGCAGAGACUCCUGGAACUUCAAGCUCGGUCGUCAAUCGCCCUCGCCCUAUUCCGCGAAAGACUGCAGAUUUACCAAUGCAAGCAAAUUCAGAAACUCUGACUCACAGACGAAGCAAGUCUGGCGGCUCUCUGAUGGGACGGAAAUCUCUCCUGGCCUCAUCGCCAGGAAGUCCGACCCAGCUUCCUCCUCUCCCCAGUCUGCCGAAGAGCGCGACGAUGCCAUCGAGGCCUUAUCCCAGCAAGACUAAGAGUAUGACUUUUGAGGAGAAGGUUACGCUACUGUUCCCAAGUCCUCCGAGCGGAAAGACCGGCAAGCGAAAUUUGCCAGUCCCUAAGAUCCCACGCAUUCCAGCGCCGUUCAUGGACAUGGACUCGUCCCCCAGCGAGCCGCCUCACCAUGGGGCCUCCAAGCGAACGACAAACACAUCCCUGCGGACUGAGAGUGUUCUGGAAGUUGAUGAGAUUCCCCGCUUGCCGGGAAAGAUCGCGGUGAAUACUACAGGAGAAGCCGGAAGCUCGUGGCUUCGCGCAUUUGGUGACGGGAAGGACGACGCCAAGCUUGAUAAAAUACUGGCUGCUGCGCAAGUAAGCGGGAAGCGCGGCUCGUCACCCAUACUCCCGGCAAUUCCCCGCGUAUCAGCUUGGACAGAGACGACCUACGACAAAUCCGAAGAUGAGGCGACCAACUGGAGUUCUGUAAAUUCUCCGGAGCUUGCAGUCAGUGUUCCGGUCGUGCAGCUUGGUAUACCGUCGUCUACCCAAAUACCCGCUUCGAGGACCUCCGAGCUAUCCUUCGCAGAUAAUCGCAGCAGAGAAACGCUGCCUAUCAUGCUUGAUACAUCUACAUCUACCAUGCAACAGGCUGAUGCUCAUGGGUCUCUGGUUCUCGAAGUUGAAGCUGCCGCAACACCGCGACUUCCCACCUGGCACAGGCGUGUAGGUGACGAGUGUCCGACGUUCUCGGACAGAAAGGAGAAGACAAAGUUAAGAAAGAUGUGUCCGCCUGCACCGCUAUCGCUCAACAGUACAUCAACCAAGACAAUCCUCGCCAUCCAGGUUGAGCCUUCUCCUCUUGAGUCCCCGGGGCAAGCCAUCCGACAGAUACAGGCGCAGCUGAGGAAACUUGAUGAGCUCGACCAGGCUACUCCGCAGAGCGCCGCGCGCCGUCUAGCGCUGCUUGCAGACCUUGAACGUGAAAUCGGACAGCAGGCGGAGCAUUGGCAGGAGAUUAAGCAUGAUAUGGGUCGCGAUUCCAUGUCCAGUAUGCAAACAACCUCUCUUGCAGGCCGCGACUCGCGGCACGAGUCUGUGGCAAGCGUUAUUGACGUCGCUCGCGGGUCCAUUCGGCAAAGCAUCGGGGGAGAACGCCGAGUCUCGCGCCCUGCUCGUUCGCAGAAAAACGGCAAUCUCAAGGUUCCAGAUGCAGCCGUACGGAACGGGGGAAGCCCCGAGAUGAGCAAAUGGCAAAAGAGGCUAACCGAGGCCCAAAUGGACUACAUGGACGCGCAGCUCCUCCGUGGCAGCAACGUGACUUUUCUGCAAUUGUCAAGAGCCCAGCUGGUUAGUCCUACUCCUCCGGACUCGGACGACUCAGAGGAUGAGGUCGCAACUUUGUCAAAUCUUCCUGGUUAUGUCCCGGCCGAACAGGCGUCGGAAGCAGAGCUGACACACUCCUCGCUCUGGACGAGGCCAUCAAAGGAAUCGGGCUUGCAAACUGGCUUCCUCUGGUCAUCGGUUUCAAAGCCUCCCCCAGAAACUGAGGUUCCGCUCCCGGGGCUCUUGGUGCGGCCAGCGCAGCGAAAGGAGUGGGCUUCUCUCCGAAUCGAGAGCUCGCAGCUCUGGCGUAAGCCGCACAUUACCGCCAACCGCGCGGCAUCAGGUCUGUGGCGGCCAGUGUGGGCUUCCGCGGCGCCGCCUGCUGAAGCAGUAGUUUGGGCCUCUCCAAAGACAGCCUCAGUGUCGCAAAAGCAACCACACCCGAUAACACAACGGCCUCCACGGCGUAACAAGCGCGUAACUCUGCUUCCAGACAUCCUUGAAAGCCCGGAGCCGCUGCCAGACAAGCGCGGUACUUUGGGGAUUUUUCAGUUCCCUUGGGGCGAAAAAUCUGACACGGCACGCAUCCAGCCGCGUGCGAGCAUGUACAGGGCUAUGCCUGGCACCAUGACCUCCGGCGGCCCGUCUCUUGGUAUGCCGGUAGGUGCAGGCUCCAAACAUCUCGAGUCCCCCGAGUACUCUUCUUCCUUCUUUGACUACUACGAUAAUGACGAGGACGACAACAUGGGUUUGGACUCGGAUGAGGAGGACAGCGACGAUGGUUUCGAUGAGACAACGCUCUGGGAGAUCGCCAGUCUGCUGAAGACGGACGCGUUACCCUCUAGGGACAGUCUUCUACCACCGCCAUCCGGCUCGGUUGUGGAUGACUACGCGGACGAGCUUACCUCGGACGAGGAGUCACAGUCGUCGGGAGAACGGUUUACUGUCAUUGGCCUGGCCGAACCCCGACAGCCGGUGCACGAGGAACAUCGCGACUCAGCAACGAUCGAGAGCUCGACGUUGUUGCUGCUUGAAGAUGCGCUUGAGUCCAAGGCGUCACCCAAGUUGGCUGCCAGAAUUGGCGUGCCUGCAGACCCAAAGCCGUCUGUCGCGCUCCAACUUAGCCGCACGGCCAUUACACCAGUUUCUGAGGUAACGCCAGCAUCUGAAGUGUCUCGGAUGCCACGCCACACCCCCGAGGUAGAGACAGCCAACACCGCUCAGCAGCUAGGAUCAACUGGACUGUGGAACCCUCCCAGCCAAGCGGAUACACCCGCCGCGCGAGGAGGAGGCUUGUUUGUGCCCCAGCCCAGGCGCUUGGGGUACCGUGGAACGUCCGAAGAGCCGGCUGCCAACUACAUCUGCCGGAAGCCGCGCCCGGCGGGGCUGAAGCCGUUGGAGAGCUUGAAAUCGACACAGCUCUGGGAACGUAGGACCGCUGUGAAGAAGAGUAAGAGGAAUUGGAUCCUAGGGGCAACGGCAAAGCCCUCGGAGAGCGGGGAUCAAGGACCUCAUGCAGGCCGCAACGACUGGAAGUCCGCUUUAGAUGACGCGAUCGCGGCCGACAACCCGCACUCCAAGCUGGUCCGGGUCAUUGCUACCCCAGCACAGUCCCCGCGACGGAUCCCAGAAUUUGACUCGGCUGUUCGCCACCCCGUGUUUGCCGCCAGCUCCGUCGUCACCCGGUUUGAGUGGUCCCACCCGGCAGCGGCAGGCUACACGUAUGACGUGUCCAUUGUCCACCCGGUGUUCUUCGGCUCCCUGGCUAUAACAUGUCCCAAAGAGGCCGUCCACCCAACGUUCUCGGCCUACGCAGCCAGGAGACUUGAGCCCCGGCGCUCCACGCAACAACAGCGGUCCUCUGACUCGCUCAGCCGCAGUUCCAGCCAAACAGGGAGUCGGCAUAAAGACGAGGUUCCCGCCCAGACCCAAAUCCGUGCUCAAGAGCACGAGGGAUGGAACGAAGCGUACACGCCCAGUGCCCCACCCUUGCCUACCCCUCUGGCUCUGGAACGGCUGGAGAUUUCCCACCGCAACGCCGUCACAAUUCAGGCGCAGAUCGAGGCGCUAGAGCAGGAGAGGCUGCUUGCCGAGGGCGCCACGCAGGAGGAGUACCGUUGGCGGGGGACGACGACGACGAUCAUGGCCGUGACUGCCGGCGAGACAACAGCAGGGCCAGCUGCGGCGGAGGUAGACGCGCUGAUGACGAUGCCGGCUGCGGUCUUGACGGUGCAGGAUCUGCAGCGGCAGUUGAGUAUGGCGAUCCGGCAGUCGCUUGUGUUUGCUGGCAAAUCUCGGGUUGCUUCUGGGGCAGUGUCGAGGGCUGAGCCGAAGAGCGAGAACAAAAGCGACAAACUAGCUGUUACGGCUGCGCAAGUCGAGCCACCCCGUCAGAGUUCGCUCCUCUGGACCCCUAUCCCUCGCCUUACUUCGCCAGUCGUGUCUUCCACAACCGGGUUAUGGUUGGCAAAUUCAUCUUCUUUUGCCGCCCCCUCUUGGACAGCAGAAGAAAAAGACGCGAUGGCGGCGUCGCGGAGGAGAAGGGUGGUACAGACGAGACAACGUAGACAAGAGAUGCUGGCGCAAAUUGCGGCUGGCGAGAGCGUGGUGAACGCUUUUGUUGACUUUGGCGGGAUGGGGCUAUGGGAGUACGGGGUGGGUGGUGAUAAGAAAAGCGCCGGUGACGAGAGGGAAAGGGGGUUGGGGAGGGACUGGUUGCAUAGUGUGUGUGAGAGGAGGACGAGGGGAGUUGUGUUGAGGCAUUAGGAUGGGGAUCUUGAGGUGAUGUGGUGUACGAAGGAAGUUGAGGAUUGGGGCUUUUUUUUCUUUUGUACAUUCUGAGAGAAGUUAGGUUCUUAAUAUCCGGUUGUGGAAUGGUGGAGUGCCCUGAUUGUUUCAAGAGUCUGUCCCUCAGCGGCCACUGUCAUGAAUACUUGGGCCCGAACUGCUGCUGGGUGAUGGCGGGCAAUUCCUGUAUGCAAAAGAUGCAGGAUGAUGGAUAGACAAUUGGCGUUGUCCGUAGUCCUAUGCGUGUGUAUACUUUUGCGGCUGGGGAGUGUUUUCAGGGGCCACGGGUGAUUUCGAUCUGGGUAGGCUACCCAGUACGGAUUAGUUGGCUUCUUGAGUUCGGCUUUGACGACUGGCCCUGGGGUCUAGUGUAGAGUCGACCAUUGCCUACCUAUGGU